AUGAACAUUGCACAAGUUACUGCAUGCCAGCCUGGGAUUUCUGUGAAAAGUAUAUCUCAGUUGCACAAGCUUCAUUCAAAAACAUGUGGUUUACGAAAGAGUUUUGUUCCUUGCUGUGUUCUACUGACCCUAAGAGCAAGACAAUCAUUUGGCUUGAAAUGCCAGCCUAUUUCACAAUCUCGGAAACCUCUCCAUAUUUGCUUAGCUGGUGAUAAAGGGCUGAUGGGAAAUGAUGAUGAGAGUUCCCCAUGGAAAUCUAUUGAGAAAGCUAUAGGAAAAUUUAAGGGGCAAAAUUCAAUAGAGGAUGUAUUGCGGCGGCAAAUUGAAAAGGGUGAAUAUUUUGACAGUGGUGGUGGUGGUGGAGUGAAACCACCAGUAGGCGGUGGCAACAGUGGUAGUGGUGAUGGUAGUCCUGAUGGCUCUGGAGAUUCAGAGGAUGAAAGCCUUGCCGGGAUGUGGGAAGAAAAUCUCCAAGUUUUCUUAGCGACCCUUGGCUUUAUAUUUCUGUACAUUUAUAUCAUCACUGGCGAGGAACUCACAAAGCUAGCUAGAGACUAUAUCAAAUAUCUAUUCGGUGGAACUCAGAGUGUUCGACUGAAGAAUGCCAUGUAUCAAUGUGGCAUACUCUACAAUAGCUUGAUGCCAACGAAAGUAGAGGAAGAUGAGGACUCCGAGUUUUGGUUGGAGGAGGCCAUUCUGGAUACCCCAACUUGGUGGCACGACCCUUCCGAUUACCGGGAAGUUCUUAAAAAUUACUUACUAUCAGGGUCAGAUGAGGCCAUUGACAUCAGGAAUUACUUGGGACUAGAAUCUGAUGAAGAAGUUAGAGCUAAGCCUACUAGGCCAAGCUCCCGUUGUGGCACCGCCGAUCGCGCCGCCACCUCCCACCACUCCGACCAAAGUCGCAGGGCCACCAUGCCCAACAAGCCAAUCACCAAAACUGGCAAGAACACAGCCAAACUUUGGUGGCGGUUUGGUCUAGCUCCACUAAAAUUCUCAUCAACUGGAUACAAGUUCCCUGGUGGACCUGUCAUGUACAAGUAUGCUGAUGACGGUGGUGGAGGGCAGUAUGUUGAUGGUGGUUUCUUGGGUGAAGGUGGUGGUGGUGACGGAUACAAGAUCGGUGGUGGUGGUGACGGAUACACGAUAGGCGGUGGUGGUGACGGUGGUGGCGGUGAUAAAUACUCUAUUAUUGGUGGUGGUGGUAGUGAUGGGGUGUAA